UCUCUCUCUCUCUUCUUUUCCUCCGCUUCCUCCUUCUCUUUCUUCUCGCUUCCUGUCCGUCGAUGAUGUCCGCCCUUUCAAUCUACUAGAACAAUGGACUCGGAUGUUCGAGAGAUUCUCGAUCGAUUCGAGAACCUUGACGCCCCUGCUCGACGACUCGUCUAUCGCCAUGUUCUGAUGCAACUGCGCCUUCACGAAUGGCGCGAUGUGCGUGACCAUGUGGAUCGCAUCUCCUUCCACAAGGAUAUUCUGGGUGCACUGCCUCCAGAGCUGGCCAUGCAAAUUACCAGAUAUUUAGGUCUGUCCGAAUUACAUGUUCUCCAAAGAGUCUCUAAAGGUUGGUAUUCGCUGCUGUCUUCUGAUCUGGUUCGCGACGCCGCGUUUCGCCGCUAUACCGGACGCAAGACCGACUCCGCCGCCGCCGGGGCGCUGGACAAAUUCUCCGCGUAUGCACGACACCGGACUCGCUUGGAGCGCGGACAGCCCGUCUGGAAAGCUCACUUUCCAAACUACCAGCCGUUGCCGAAAACGUCGGAAGUGUCGACCCUGGAUUACUGCAAUGGACGCGUUGCAUGGAUCGACGAAGAGAACCGAGAUUUCUUCGUUGGCGUGCGACUUUCGGACCGCAUCAUCGGAGCAACUAGUCCACGUGGAAACUGUCACAUCUGGGAUCUUCACUCCGAGGAGUCGGCAUGGUUUCGCCUGCCCUCAUUACAGUAUAGAUUCUUCGUAGCCAGCGGAACAAGCGUAGCAUUUUCCUUCUCUGAUGGUUUGCCCAACGGGGGUUACGUCCUCCAUUGGGAAUUUAUGUCCCACGCUGCUCGAGCGAUCGAUAUAGCGCCAAAUUUGGGCUACAUGGCAUUGAACGCCGCCGCGAAAACCCUUACUACAGUCCACCUCGAGGCUUCUUACGGCCAGCUGCGAGUUGAAAAGCACUUGCUUGAUGAACCUACCCUCCAGGAACGAGAACAAUUGCCAUCUUAUACCCUUGAUCUACCACUCACCGAGGAUGACAACCGAUGUGUGGAAAUAGGCUCUCCGGACGAAGGCUCGAGUUUCAGUGACCGCAUGGGGAUCUUCUCUAUCAUGACAACUGAAGGGCAAUCUCUGGCGACGUGCUCUGUCGUUGUCGUCUCUUAUGAUCCACGCACAGACCAAAUAGACUUGCAUGUCUUACAUCCUAAACUCGCACCCUUUUAUCCAUUAUGCAUGACCGCAGUCGACCAGAACAUUCUGUACUAUUUAAGGAACGAUGACGGCAAACCUCAGAUCUCCAUCUCCAAUCCUACCGCCACGGUUCCCCACCGGCUUUCCAAAUACAUGAACCUCCAGCUGCCGCGCGAGGCAACCAGUAGGGUUUACUCCCAUAUCACUUGCUUUGCUCUCCGGGGAGAUCGUGAAUGCACCCUGAUGAUCGAUGAGAAUGGGCUGAAAGUGUGGUCUUUUAACGAAGCCUGUCCGAGUGGCAUGUAACUGAUAGAUGGAGAGAUUCUCUUCUUGUGUUCUUGUUGGUGAGCUCGGCUUCGCUUGAUCAUUUGCUACUAUCAAUGGCCGUUGGUAUCAACAUCGGGUCUCCAAGGGGAUCCAAGAAUAAAGAGAAAAGAAUACAUUUAACACACACAUACACACACAAAGAAAAGCAAUGAACCUAGAAAUGGACAAUAUACAGAACCAUCAAUGCUCUCUAUGACAGUGCCUCCAGCUUUACCCCAACGUUCCAUCUAAUUCAAGCCAAUUCCAUUAUUAUCCAGAUCCCACCCUUCCCGUAACCUCAUUCGCU